AUGGGUUCCUCACGACAGUCGCCCCUAUCAUGGCGGUGGUACACCGCCAUCGCGGCAUGUCUGUCUGCUGGACUGGUAAAUGCUAGCCCAGCAGUGAACGUGGCUCUCCAAGCUUCCUUCGACGCAGCCCCGUACCUAGUGGAGCUCCUUGAAUCCGCCGCAGAAGAGAACUCUACCGCUUACUUCCCGCUCCUCGACCGCAUCGCCGACGGCACCUUCGAAGAAGCCACUACGGAAAAAGAGCUCUACGACCGCUUUCUGCAGGUCAUCCACGAAGAUGGUCACCUCAGCACUGCCGAGAGUCUUUCAUCGUUUAAACUCUCGCUUGCGGUUCGGUCGUCUGCGCCUCGCAUCGAGGCACAUUACCAGUUCUAUAACUCCUCUGUUCAGCAGACCCUCAUGGCGGCUCAGGAUGCCGUGUGUCCUGUUUGGGUUCAUUCGGAUGGAAAGCAGUAUUGCUCGGCGAGCAUGGGAAGGGCGCAACAGGAUGUUCUUGGGGAACAAGAUCCCAGAGAGCUUCCCUUUGAUCGGGUUUUGGGAGAUGUUUCACUGCCUCCCGCUGUGUUGUACGCGGAUAUUUCCGCGCCGACGUUUAAAGAUUUCCAUGAGACGCUGCGUGAAAUGGCGAAAGAAGGACAGGUAUCCUAUCGUGUGCGCUACCGGCCCCCUCAGCACUGGACCUCGCGGCCAUUGUUUGUCUCUGGGUAUGGAGUGGAACUUGCGUUGAAGCGAACGGAUUAUAUUGUCAUCGAUGAUAGAGCUGCCGAGCAGCGAGAAGAGAAAGAACCCAAUAAGGAGGAGGAAUUGAAAGAAGACGCCCCGGAUGACCUCCGCCCGCUAUCCGCCUCCGAAGUCUCCAGACUGGGCCUCAAUGCUGCGAGCUAUGUGAUGGACAGUGCAGACCCCUUGGAUACGUUGAUCAAACUGUCUCAAAACUUCCCGAAAUACUCAUCUAUGGUGGCUGGCCACAACGCCUCGGCGGCUUUGCGGAAAGAGAUUCGCACGAACCGCGCGCAGAUGGUCCCACCGGGAUACAAUGUGAUGUGGAUCAAUGGAGUUCAGAUGGAUUCGCGGCAGAUCGACGCUUUCUCUCUCCUGGACCACCUGCGUCGGGAGAGAAGAACGAUCCAGAAGUUCCAGGAUUUGGGCUUGUCUGCCCAAGAGGCCGUGAAGCUUCUGUCGCACCCUCUUCUUGCGGCAUCUCAGGCAGAGGAUGCCUCACACCGAUAUGAUUAUCGAGAUGAACUGGAAGGGGGACAAGUUAUCAUUUGGAUGAAUAACUUGGAGAAGGACUCUAGAUACAAGGACUGGCCCAGUGAGCUUCAAGCAUACCUAAUGGGAGCCUACCCGGGCCAGUUGCCUCCAGUGCGCCGUGCACUCCACAAUAUCGUCAUACCAGUCGACCUGAGCAAUCCCGAAGAUAUGAACACAGUCUCUGGGAUUCUGCUUACUUUUAUUAAGCGAAUGAUCCCGGUGAGGUUCGGAUUUGUGCCCACCACUUCCUCGCCGGAGGCUAUUGCCCAGGCGAAGGUAGUUCAUUACCUCCGGGAGACCUAUGGGCUGGCUGCUCUUAUAGAAUACCUGGACGAGUCUGCCUCGGGAUUGAAAGCGAGAGUUCCAGACAGAUCCGUUUUCGCCUCCAUCACCAAGAAACACGAACCUCGAACCGAGAAGGAGACCUUAUCUUUAGAUGAGGUAUUGAAAAAAGAAGAUUAUGAAAACCUGGUCUCUCGCACAAUGGAUUACACGCGUCGUCUGGACAUUGGCAGCGGACGCUACUUCUUGGUCAACGGAGUGCCCAUUCUCCGUGAGGACAAUUGGAUGGAACAGAUGAGUAUGCAGAUCAGCAAGGAUCUUCGCUCCAUCCAGGAGGGUAUCGCAGAAGGUCACAUUGAAGAGGAUGCUUGGCUGCCGGGUUUCCUCUUGCAUGGCACCUAUGAGCGACGGAAUAAUUUCCUCAUGCCUGAAGAUCCGAAGAGUGUCCGCAUUGUGGAUCUUGCUGGUGUUGAUGGAUUGAAUGCCCUCCCUGGAAUCGAAUCAGAGAAAGGUGCUCUGGAAAGUGUUCAGAUGAUCGUUGUGGGCGAUUUCGAUUCGGAAGAAGGAUUGAAGCUGCUGACCGAGGCUCUAAACUUCCGGAAAGAACAUAAUGAACUGGAUAUUCUCGUGCUGCAUAAUGCCGCCUCUGUUGCUGAUUCAAAUCGACUUGGCAGCAUUGUUUGCUCUCUGGUUAGAGGAGAAAUCUCGGCUGAUCUGUGCAAGGAGGCUUCCCGCUCGCCUACCAAGGGAGAAGAUAUCCCGAAGGUCCUGGAAAAGCUCACCGCAAAUGAAGACGCAAUUGGGCAAGUUGCAGAGGAGCAGGAGUUGCACCGACAUCUGGCGGAAGAGCUUGGAUUUGAACCUGGCACAGAAGGUCUCGUUGUGAAUGGCCGGGCAGUUGGACCUAUCGGAAAAGAUAACUCUCUGGCUGCAGACGACCUGAACCAGCUUGUUGCCUACGAGCGCACCAAGCGAAUCAACGCUGUCGCAGAGGCGGCUUCAAAGCUUGAACUUGAUGCCCGACUCGCCCAGCCGCUCGAUCUCGCUAGGCUUACUUCACUUGUUGCUCUUUCAAGCAUCUCCGAUGUCCCGGAAGGGAUCUUUGAGAAUACCCCCGACUUUCGGAUGGACGUGUCUCAACGGUGGAAGACGGAUCACUCCGUGAUCAAAGUUUCUAACUCUGAGGAUCCCUCGAUUAACGUGAUUGCCAUUGUUGACCCGGCCUCCGAGUCCGCUCAAAUAUGGCUUCCGAUUCUCAAGGUUCUUUCAGAACUGGCGGGUGUCGAGUUGAAGAUCCUCCUCAACCCCAAGGAAACGAUGCAAGAGCUUCCGGUCAAGCGUUUCUACCGUUACGUGCUUGAGUCUGAACCGUCUUUCACGGAAGAUGGCUCGUUGUCUCGACCCCAGGCCUCAUUCACGGGCGUGCCCGUCGAAGCCCUCCUGACACUCGGCAUGGACGUCCCAUCAUCAUGGCUCGUGGCUCCCAAAGAGUCCGUCCACGACCUUGACAACAUCAAGCUCAGCUCGCUCAAAUCCGAUUCAAAUGUCGACGCCAUCUACGAGCUCGAGCACAUCCUGAUUGAAGGACACACCCGCGAUCUCACAGCCAAGUCGCCGCCGCGGGGCGUACAACUAGUUUUGGGUACUGAGAACAACCCCUACUUCGCCGACACCAUCAUCAUGGCCAAUCUGGGCUACUUCCAGUUCAAGGCCCAGCCGGGCCUCUGGCAGAUCAAUCUGAAGCCCGGCCGCAGUGAGAAGAUCUUCAAUAUCGACAGCGUCGGCGGCGAGGGGCAGCGCCCCCAACCAGGUGACGAGAACAACGAAGUCGCGCUCCUGUCCUUCCAGGGCCGAACGCUCUUCCCGCGUCUAUCACGCAAACCUGGCAUGGAAGCCGAGGAUGUCCUGGAAUCCGGUCCCAAGCCGGGGUCGACAAUGGACUACGUCUCCAAGGGUCUGAAUUUCGCCUCGGGCGUUCUCUCCAGUGUCGGUAUGAAAUCCCCAAGCGGUGGCGAGCAACACGCCGACAUCAACAUCUUCUCUGUCGCCAGCGGACAUCUCUACGAGCGCAUGCUCAACAUCAUGAUGGUCUCCGUGAUGCGACACACCAAGCACACCGUCAAAUUCUGGUUCAUCGAGCAAUUCCUCUCGCCUUCCUUCCGCGCCUUCCUCCCCCACCUCGCGCGCGAAUACAACUUCUCCUACGAAAUGGUCACCUACAAAUGGCCGCACUGGCUGCGCGGUCAGCGCGAGAAACAGCGCGAGAUCUGGGGUUACAAGAUUUUAUUCCUGGACGUCCUCUUCCCCCUAUCUCUGGACAAAGUCAUCUUCGUGGACGCGGACCAAAUUGUCCGAACAGACAUGUACGACCUCGUCACGCACGACCUGGACGGCGCGCCGUACGGCUUCACCCCAAUGGGCGACUCGCGCGUCGAGAUGGAGGGCUUCCGCUUCUGGAAGCAGGGAUACUGGAACACCUUCCUGCGGGGGAAACCAUACCACAUCUCCGCGCUGUAUGUCGUUGAUCUGGCGCGGUUCCGCACGCUAGCAGCGGGCGACCGCCUGCGUGGUCAGUACCAGAUGCUCUCGGCGGAUCCGAACAGUUUGUCGAAUCUCGACCAGGACCUGCCGAAUCACUUGCAGCAUAACCUGCCCAUCCACAGUCUGCCGCAGGAGUGGCUGUGGUGCGAGACGUGGUGCAGUGAUGAGGAUCUGGAGACGGCGAGGACGAUUGAUCUGUGUAAUAACCCACAGACGAAGGAGCCGAAGCUUGCCAGGGCGCGCAGGCAGGUUCCCGAGUGGACGGUUUAUGAUGAUGAGAUUGCGAGUUUGGCGAAGAGGGUUGCGGCGGUGGAUGAGGAGGUUGCCGGGUUCGUGCAGUCGGGUGAGGAUGGUGUGCCUGUUCAAGAAGCCGAGGUCGAGGGCGGGGUGGUGGGUGAGGAUGAGCACAAGGAUGAGCUAUAG